CAAUACAGGUUAUACAUCAUUUACCCUCUUCGUUCAUCUUACGAUAAUAUUUCAACAUCUUCAUACAUUAUUUAUUACACCAUCGACCUCUAUACCAUCAUCACGUCUUACGUCAUUUACUCAAUUGGUGUAUGUUACUACUACUUGUUUUCAUAUCGCCACUUUGUUAGCCAACCUAUUCAAAAAAAGUCAAGUAGAAAAAGCUCUCGUUUUAUAUGGAACUUGGGUCAUAUGGUCAGGAUGGGCAAUGUGUUUAUGGCUUAUAAAACCUGAGAGUCGUCCUGAUUCAUUAAUAUCAAGACCACUUACAAUAAGUAGUAUGCAAGGUUACUACUAUAACUAUUAUGUCAACAAAAAUGGUUCUGUAAUGCUAUACGAUUUAGAAUAUCUUAUAGAACCAAUGGAUGUCGCCCCUUUUCUAACUCAUGGAAAGUGGAAAUCAACUACUUUGCCCAUAUUAUCUUUCAUUCUUCUCUUAGCAAUGCGCCGAAAUCAUUGGGGUUUGAUAACAUGGGAACAUUUAACUGUUCUAGAUUCUGUUAAAUCUUGGUCUUAUCGAACUUGGUGUAUCGCAGGAUCAGCUGCUGGUUGGAUUCUUUUCUGGGAGGCUAUAAAGUUUUGGUUUCACGUACCUUUCAAUUAUACGGGUAUUGUUGAUGAUGGAAUUACUCUAUAUCAUACUGAUCUUUCUAGGUUUCCCAAUCUAUUUGACAUUCUGUGGGGUGGUAUUAUCUCUGGAAUAUUCAUGAUUUGCUGGUGGAGCUUUUGGACCUUUCAAUAUCGAGGUGUUGUUUGGAAAAGAGAACUAAAAGAAGGAGUGGUAGUUUGGUUUGAUGGGUUUGUUCAAGUCGGUGGUGUUUGUUAA